CGGUAUGCGAGGGUAUAAAUAAAAGGCAUAUCAUUAUGAUGAAAAUAGGUCAGCAGACGAGCGGCAAAUUCCUUCAAGUUAAAAUGCAACAAAAUAGCAUGCUUGAUGUUAUACAACUGAGAUAAAUCACAAAGCUAUUGUCUAUAUUAGAAAUAUCUAAUACUGUUAGCAAUGUGAUAUAAGGAAAGGAUAGUCUGCAAACCUCUCAAAUCCCCAUUAUUACUUGCUACAAUCAGGUUCCGCUUCAAACAAUCAGAUUUAGGACACAACUGGGGUUCACCGCAAUUCUAUUUCUAUUUUUUGAAAAACCUCAUUCCAUUUCCGUCUUCUUUCUUUUUGCUAGCCCCAUUUUCCUUGAUUUUAUCCUAUAUGACAUAUGCUAUCAGUGGCCAAACAAAACAGUAUCUUAAUUAAUGACGAAUAUUUGAAAUACCAGCCACUUAUUGCCAACGUGCAGCAACGGUUGAUAAACGACGUUGAAUUGCUAGGGUUCAAUUUUGAAGAUAAAAAAGAUACCAUAGACUAUAUCAAUGACAAAGUGACACUAUUUAGGUUUUUGAAGGAAUCCAAUUUUGAUGAAAAUAAAGCUAUAGCUCGACUGUUGGAGACAAUACAAUGGCGAAAAAAUGAACAAAUAGGUCGUAUGACUUAUACUUCAGUUGCGCCUGAGUUCUUCGAGAAUGGAUUUGCCUUUUUUCAUAAGCAAGACUUGCUGGGUAGACCUGUUGCUAUUGUGCAAAUGCGACACUUUCCGAAAUUCAGAUCAAAAGGUAUACCUUUAUCAGCACACAUCGAACCUUUUGCCUGUUUGGUGUUGGAAAUUGCACGGCAAUUGACAAGAGAUUUAACAAGGAAAAAUGAGAAGGAACAAGUAACAGAUAGACCCAUACUGAUCUCGCAGAUCACAAUUAUUAUUGAUGUUGCAAAAGCCCCAUUUGUGCCUAUUGACUCAAACCUGAUGGUUGCAUUAAAGAAUAUCGUUAAUGCAAGAUACCCUGGAUUCAUCGGAUCUGUCUACAUUUUAAACUUUGGUUGGAUGUUCCAAGGUAUUUGGCAAGUUAUCAAGCUGGUAUUGAGUGAACAAGCCAAAGCAAGAGUGAACUUUGUAUCCAAAAAUGAAAUCUCUCAGGUCAUGGAUGAAAAUAAUCUGCUCAAAGUAUUAGGAGGAACGGAUGGAUAUAUUUGGAGUUUGAACUCUGAUCCGAUCAUCGAUCUCUAUGCUACUGACAAUCGUUAUAAGACAAUGUCACCUUCAUCAUCAUCAAAUAUAAGUAGAAGGUCUUCAAUAUCAUCUACAUCCUCCGAUGAGAGUGUCGAUAGUGCCACGUUUUUUGAUGCACCAGAAUAUACUUCUAGACGAAGCUCAGCAAGUAUACAGUUCAACGUUAUCAGAUCUGCUUUCACAUCAACUUGUUCAAGUGUUUAUGCUACACCAGGCACAUUAACGCCUAUCGAAUCCGUACUUACAAACCAACGGCUACAGCAGCAACAUGUUGUGCUACAUCGUCAGACCUUCGAGCCUACCUACUUCUUGACAGGUUUUCACACGGGAGAUACCUUUUUGACGUCAUUUUUUAUUAGAGUUAGAGGGGCUUCGUCCACCCAACAUCAGGUUGCUUUGGACUGUAAUGAAUUAACAAAUCGACUGAACCGAUGGUUGAGUUCAGAGGAGUGUCAACAUCGAUUGGAAACAGGUGACAUAACUGAAAUAGAUACAGAUAUUGAUAUUCACACGGAUGUAGGCAAUGCUUAUUUGCUUGACAGCCAACAUCGGCAACAACGGCAUAUACACUUUCCUCACAUGCUACCAGCGGAGCAUCCCCAGAGUUUAUAUAUGAUUUCACCGCUAAGAUACCAGUUUGGAAGAGCCGAGCAAAAAAUGACUCGUCUAACAAGAAAAUUAUUCCGUCUAUCGUUUGCCUAUAAUGGUGCGGUAUAUUGGAUUGUAUUAUAUUUAUUUAUGAGAGGGCCGGUGGAAAAUAAUCUAAAGAAGACUUUGGAAAAGUUAAUGGCGAAUGCCUCGUCACAGCAAAUAACGUAUACAACGCUCGGUAUAACAGCAACGUUGGCGGCUGCAUUAAGUGCUUCGUUUUCCGACUCCCUCUUGCAAAGUACGAAAAAUAGUGAUAAUGAUAAAAGGCGUCUCAAAUAACCGAGAAUAUACCGCGUACAAUAAAAUCUGUAUAAUAGUUUCGUUUAUAAUUAAAUCUAA